GUCGCUAGACGCUUUUGUGAUUAUAAGUCACCAAGAGAGUUUGGAAAGUUGCCAGAUUUAGCGAGAAAAUGGCCAAGUUGGCAACACUGGGCUACACAUGAGAUGGGAGGGAGGGGGAAGCCGUUCACAUAUGGAGAAUACAUGAAAGAAUCAUUCAUAAAAAUAUCAGAGCAUCUAUUCUCCCAAUUAAAAAAUAAACAACAAAUGACUGAGAAAAUGAAAGAAUGCUUCUCUGCAAGGACAGGACCAAUAGAAUGGUUAUUGAUGACAAUUCAGCGCAGGCGUAAGCGCUAUUGAGCAAACAACACUGAUAUGCAGAAAUUUGAACCCUCAUGACCUUUUUUUUUGUUAAAGUUGGCUACAUUCUGUUUUCAUUUUGAACAAAUACGGGAACCACUGAAAAGGGCUUACAGAGUUCAGUGUUGAUUUCAGAUGAUGAUGAUUGAUUUCAGAGUAGGCCUACACAUGCUUGCUGCACUUUUAUUUGUUCAAUUUUGUUGUUGUAACAGGACAACUUGGACAAGUUUAAGUUGUGUAAUGUUUUGCGGCUCUGGGCUUUUUUUUUUUUUUCCCCCUGGAAGAGGAAGCAAAAUGGGUCAUUUGAUGCUAAAGGUUGCCGAGCCCUGAUCUAUAACUUUCAAGUUAUCUAAUUUAAAAUGGUCUGUCUGUACCUUUUUAAACAAUAGUAACCACUAGGAUGAUGAGGAUGAGGGGCGACGUGAAGGUGGUCACAGAAUGCAUCUCUAAAAAUGUCUCACCACAGCGUCAUGGCCACGCAGGUUAUUUUUAGCGCUCUUUUUAAGGGUGGUUUAAUUAGAAGAUAACAAGGUCUUUACCCGUCUGGAGGCGGGGCUAAUAUUUCUGACCACUCAUGACCUUUGUGACCUGGAAACGCGAAAGCAAACUUAGUCACUUGGUCUGCCUGACCUCGGUCAUGUGACCAUAUAGUGGGUCAAAGGUCACAGCUCAGUAAUUAACAGCACACACAGGUCCUUUAAUUAGUUGGCCCCGCCCCCACACAGGGUCAGUUGACAAGAGAGAUUAGCGGUGGGUCACAUGACCAUCUUGAGUGGCUUAGAGCGAGAGUGACUUAGGGCAGGCAACUUUGACCACCAUGGCCGCUUCUGCCCACAAAUCAGUCGACGCUGACGAGAUUAAGAGGCUCGGCAAGAGAUUUAAGAAACUGGACCUGGACAACUCGGGCUCACUGAGCGUGGAGGAGUUCAUGUCACUGCCCGAGCUGCAGCAGAAUCCACUGGUUCAACGCGUCAUCGACAUCUUUGACACAGACGGGAAUGGCGAGGUGGACUUUAAAGAGUUCAUCGAAGGCGUCUCUCAGUUCAGCGUCAAAGGUGACAAGGAGCAAAAGUUACGAUUCGCCUUCAGGAUCUAUGACAUGGACAAAGAUGGCUACAUCUCCAAUGGCGAGCUAUUCCAGGUGCUGAAGAUGAUGGUGGGCAACAACCUGAAGGACACCCAGCUGCAGCAGAUCGUGGACAAAACCAUCAUCAAUGCUGACAAAGACGGCGAUGGCAGAAUAUCCUUCGAGGAGUUCUGUGCGGUGGUGGGUGGAUUAGACAUUCACAAAAAGAUGGUGGUGGACGUGUGACGGCCUUCCCCGCCGCCGUUUACCCAAGUUCUGCUUGAAGACGUCGUCCAGUGAAGAGCCCCUCCCCUGACUCCGCCCCCUCACAAAGCCAAACUUUUACAGCCAACAGGAAGUCGGAAGGCUUUUCUCCACCAAGCCAGCGACUGUGUUUGGUGGCGUGUGUGUGUGUUUUGUAUUUAUUUGGAGGUGUAGAGGUCUGCGUGCCAACAGGAAGUGUGUGAUGCUCUGCUUGUGUUUGUGUGAUUGAAUCCUAAUCAACACUUUAACUAGCAUGACACAACUUUUGUGUUCCUUUUAGUCGCACGUCGUCUACAGCUCACCUCUGCAGUGUGUGUGUGUGUGUGUGUGUGUGUGUGUGUGUUGGAGCAGAUGGCGUGCACGUGGGCGCAGGAUGACAGCAAGUUUUAGUUGUGUACAAACGGUGUUUUUUCUCCUGCUGCUGAGGUUUUCUACUUGUGGCAUUUUUCAGAGCAACUUUUUUUCUUCUUUUUCUGGGUGUGUGCACGUGCACGCCGUGCAGCUGAACUGCUCUGCCUACUGCUCGCAUGUCAAUCAGGUUUGCAACCUUCUAGAUGUUUCAGGUUUACAAGCUUGGGCCGCUUCAUAAACCUCACUUUUGUUCUUCUUUUAACUAAUGGACACGUGUCGCCUCUGUCACGCACAGGAAGUCAUGACUAGGUGAUGUCAUCGAGCGAGAAGAACCGCUGCCUCUGAUUGGGCAAAGUGGAACAGGGAUUUCAUAAUAAAAGUCUUACUUUGGAUUCAUGUUAACUGCUCAGUCAGUGGUCAUGUGACAGCGUGGUCACGUGACAGAGCGGCACACGUUCCUCCUGUGAAAUAAGCUCGCUGCACGUUGGCAUGAUGUUUGCAUGUGUUUUUGCACGCGUGUGCGGUUUAUGCAUCAGGCCCUGGUCUCACGUGAUUGUAUGUCAUGAGCCAAGAGGCGUGUGCACGUCACCACGGCAACAACAGUAACAAAUGAGCGAGGCUGUUGGCUCAUUUCACGCAAUACUGUGGGACUGUUGUGUUUACAUGUGAAUAAUAUUAAAGAUAGUGAUAAAUAUGAACAUUUCAAACACACCGUGUUGCCAAUGAAAGGUUAAUGUAGAAACACGUGCGCGCUCUCGUCCUCUUUGGCUUGAUGGCUCUUUUUGUACGUUUGUUAGGAAGUCUUGUAAGUCUGGAGGCCGCAUGGAGUCACUCGUUAGAUUUUUACUGCCUCACUUCAUGGAACAAUAAAGUUGUCAAACUAUCUGUCUUCAUUUUUAUAUUACAAUGUAUUUUGUAUUAAAAUUGCAAUUUAGUAUACAGUAAUUUAGUCACAAAGGUGAUUUACAUGAACAGGUGUAGUGCAGCGUUCCAUCCAGAAGGGGAUCAUUGUGUUAGGAUGUAAUGAACAGGUGCAUGAUGGGGAAAUUAAAGCUUCUUGGAAGAACUUUAGAAAAAUUUAUGAUGAAUAAUGUCAAUGAGUCUUUAAGGCAGUUUUUUUUACUUCAACUGUUCAUAUAACCAGAAUAAAAGAUGACAACGUACAGGUAGUGUUCA